GACUCGUCACCGUCGUGAUCAUGAUCAUGGUAACGGGAGUAUCAGCAGACGAAUCUGAUCCAUCUAAAGGCUCUUGGCUAGGUGACUGGGGGCCGACGCACUGGCUGCAGGAAUUGUGCCACUGGGCGGGACUUUGCGACCGUGUCUGUUUCGGGGACCUUGGUUGUUUCUCCGACGAUCUACCGUGCCACAAGGACUUCUUUCCCCCGAUGACCCCGGCGGAGAUCGGUACAAGAUUUACGCUAUACACCCGGCAUCCUCGGAACUUGUCGUCGCCGGUGAAUGGGAGUGAUUUUGGCGGGAGUUGGAGGGUUCAGUUUGAGGGUAGACGCAGAUCUGUUUUCAUCAUCCAUGGUUGGGGAGAGACGGACGAUAAACAAUGGGUGAUGGAGUUGAAGGAUGCACUGUUGGAUAAAGAAGACGUCAACAUUAUCACAGUUGAUUGGGCAGACGGAGCCGAUGAACUGAACUACAUGAAGUCUGUCCAAAACAUCCGUGUAGUUGGUAGAGAAGUGGCGAAUCUGAUCCAACUCAUGCAGGACCAAGAGGGAUUGGAACCAUCUACAGUGCACCUUAUCGGUCAUAGCCUUGGGGCACACGCUGCUGGAUAUGCAGGCAAAGCCAUCCGUAGAAUUGGCCGUAUAACUGGAUUAGAUGCGGCUGGACCAGGGUUUGAGAACGUAAAUGCAGGCUGCCGAUUGGACCGUACUGAUGCCACAUUUGUAGACGUCAUACAUACGAGCUCCAAUAGGCUCAUUGCAGGAGGAGCGGGCAUUGAGCAGAAGCUCGGCCAUGCAGAUUUCUAUCCCAACGGCGGCCAUGACCAGCCUGGCUGCAAAUGGUGGAUGAUCGGCUGCAACCACGCCCGAUCACACGCCUACUUCAUACAGAGUGUGCACGACUACUGUCGGUUUCCCGCCCUGCCUUGUGAAACUUUGGAGGACUUUAAAGCGGGAAAGUGUCGGUCGUGUAGCAAUGGAGGGUGCUCUACCAUGGGGUACAACGCAGACAGGACUGUUUCUCAUGGCAGUUACUACUUGAAGACGUUGAAGAAGAGUCCGUACUGCAACUUUAAGAACUAUCGCCGCAGAGACAAGUUUCGGAGACAGGGGUCUAAGAAUGAGAUAUUCAGUAUGAAGAAAGGACGUACUAAGUCGACGAAAAAAAGUCGCCACAAUUUUAUGGUUUGAGUAUGUAACAUAUAAACCAGA